AGCCCCGCGGCCCGAGUGCCACAUCACUGCGCCCGCCCGCAGCCCGCCGCCCACUAUGCUGCUGCUGCUGCUCCUCGCCGCGCUGGCCGCUGCUGCCGCCGCCGCCUGGCCCGGGUGCCAGCCCGCCGGGGGCCCUGCGGGUAGCUGCCACAGGCCGUCAGCCUCAGACAGUGCCACUUGCGAGGACCUGCAGCUCAGGACCUGCAGUGACGCCGCCUACAACCAGACGGCUUUCCCCACUGCCCUGGAGCACCGGUCCCGGGAGGCGGUGGAGUCCAGCUCCGAGUACAUCCUGCUGAGUGUCCUGCACCACCUCCUGGAAGGCCAGUGCAACCCCGACCUGCGGCUGCUGGGCUGCGCCGUGCUGGCCCCGCGCUGCGAGGGCGGCCGCGUGCACAGGCCCUGCCGGCGCGUCUGCGAGGCCCUGCGGGAGGCCUGCCAGCCUGCCUUCGACGCCAUCGACAUGGCCUGGCCCUACUUCCUCGACUGCGGCCACUACUUCGGGGGUGAGGAGGAAGGCUGCUACGACCCCCUGGAGAAGCUACGAGGAGGCCUGGACGUGGAGGAGGCACUGCCCUCGGGAGUGCCCCCCACCUUUAUUCACUUCACUCACCACUCCUACGCCCAGAUGGUGCGCGUGCUGAGGCGCACGGCCGCGCGCUGCCCCCACGUUGCCAAGACCUACAGCAUCGGGCGCAGCUUCGAUGGCAAGGAGCUGCUGGUCAUCGAGUUCUCGGGCCGCCCUGGCCAGCAUGAGCUGAUGGAGCCUGAGGUGAAGCUCAUCGGCAACAUCCAUGGCAACGAGGUGGCGGGACGGGAGAUGCUCGUGUACCUGGCCCAGUACCUGUGCUCCGAGUACCUGCUGGGCAGCCCCCGCAUUCAGCGCCUGCUCAACACCACCCGCAUCCACCUGCUGCCCUCCAUGAACCCCGAUGGCUAUGAGGUGGCGGCCGCAGAGGGUGCUGGCUACAACGGCUGGACAAGCGGAAGGCAGAACGCCCAGAACCUAGACCUGAACCGCAACUUCCCCGACCUGACCUCCGAGUUCUACCGUCUGGCCGCGUCCCGCGGGGCGCGCACGGAUCACAUCCCCAUCCCUCAGCACUACUGGUGGGGUAAGGUGGCCCCUGAGACGAAGGCAAUAAUGAAGUGGAUGAGGACCACCCCCUUCGUGCUCUCAGCCAGUCUACACGGGGGCGACCUGGUGGUGUCCUAUCCCUUUGACCUCUCCCAGAACCCCCACGAGGAGAAGAUGUUUUCUCCCACUCCCGAUGAGAAGAUGUUCCAGCUGCUGGCCAGGGCCUAUGCCGAUGUCCACCCCAUGAUGAUGGACAGGUCGGAGAACAGGUGUGGGGGUAACUUCCUGAAGAGGGGCAGCAUCAUCAAUGGGGCCGACUGGUACAGCUUCACUGGAGGCAUGUCAGACUUCAACUACCUGCACAGCAACUGUUUCGAGAUCACGGUGGAGCUGGGCUGUGUCAAGUUCCCCCCAGAGGAGGCGCUCUACACGCUCUGGCAGCACAACAAAGAGCCGCUCUUGAACUUCAUGGAGAUGGUGCACCGGGGCAUCAAAGGAGUGGUGAUGGACAAAUUUGGCAAGCCGGUCAAAAACGCCCGGAUCUCAGUCAAGGGGAUCCGUCACGAUGUCACCACAGCCCCAGAGGGGGACUAUUGGAGACUACUGCCCCCAGGGUCCCACAUCGUCAUUGCUCAAGCACCCGGCUACUCCAAGGUCAUCAAGAAAGUCACCAUCCCUGCCCAGAUGAAGAGGGCUGGCCGCGUGGACUUUAUUCUCCAGCCUCUGCGGACUGGACCCAAGAGGUUCCUUCAGGGACCACAGAGACGCAGUCCUGGGCUCCGAGACACGCCACAAGGGGCCGGCCCAUACAGGGAGCCGGAGGACCCCGGCCAGGAGCCCUUCAGGGCACGGAGGCAACCAGGGGCAGGCAGGAGCAAGCCCUGGUGGUGGUCCUACUUCACGUCACUGAACCAGCACAAGCCACGCUGGCUGCUCAAGUACUAGGUGCCACCGCCCAUGUGUGACACGGGCCCAGCCCACCUCUGGCCCAGCAUUCCUGGCUCUUGAUUUUGUCUUCCAAAGACAUCCCAUAAAGCUGUUU